UUGUUUUCAGCCGCAACAUUAAUCAAUGGCCGAUCGUUCGUACGAUGGGAUUGGCUGUCGUUAUUCGAAUGUUUCGUGAUUCACACGUGAACCCUGUCGUAAGAUGAUUUCUGCGCUCGGAUCUAGAUUGAUAACUGAGGCCCACUAAGUAAAGUAGGCUAUAAACGCAGGGCUCUUUCUGGAAACUCACAGAAACGUUCUCUGAGAUUCUGAAGACAACAAUCUGAAAAGCAAGGUUCAUUUCAGAUUCAUCAUGGCAGUGCUGAGAAGUCUUUUGCUACUUUUUGUUAUCUUCUCCUUGGGCAAUGCACAAAGAUUGACACCUGCAAGAAGAUGCCCACGUGGAUGGAAUCGUCUUGGAUACCGGUGCUUUAAGUACUUCUCUCAAUCAGUUCAAUGGGCCUCAGCAGAGAGACUCUGUCAGAGUCUUGGUGCGAAUCUCGCAUCUGUGCAUGAUAAAGAAGAGAAUGAUUUCCUGCUGGGACUGAUGCCGGCUUCCACAAGAACUUGGAUUGGUGCUCAUGAUGGUGAACAAGACGGAGAGUGGUUUUGGAGUGAUGGAUCUCUGUUUAACCAUAACAACUGGUGCUCUGAGGAACCUAACAAUUCUGAUGGUCCCGAGAACUGUUUGGAGAUCGACUGGAGCUCUGACCGCUGCUGGAACGAUGCUUCCUGUUCAACCUCAAUGAGCUAUCUUUGUGUUUUGGAUGUGCGAGUUCCUCGGUAGUCUUCCUCCAUUUUACACUUUUUCUGAUCUGUUUGUGUAUUUACAAGUGUUAUUCUGAAAUCCAAUCUGAGUUUUAGUCUCUGAAUAUUUUCUCUGAAACGCUCCUCAAAAUAAUAAAAGCAUUUUGAAUCGAA